CACUCGGAGCCGGGCGGCGGCGACAGCGGCGACAGCGGCGGCGACAGCCCGGCCACAGGUAUUUCCCCGCUGUGUCUCUGCGCCUGGACUCUCCCUGCACCUCCAGGGUUGCAUGGUGGCAAGGUCCAAGGAGACCAUGACCACUGAUGAGGCCACCAAGAGUGAAGGGGAGGUGCAGGCAGCAGCUCUGGCUGAGCGUGGCGAGGACAUCACCCCAUCCAAGGACCGAGGGGUUCUGAAGAUCAUUAAGAGACCUGGUAGUGAGGAUGAGUGUCCCAUGAUUGGGGACAAGGUCUAUGUGCACUACAAAGGGAAAUUGGCCAACGGGAAGAAGUUCGACUCCAGCCGCGAUCGGAACGAGCCCUUCAUCUUCAGCCUGGGCAAGGGUCAGGUCAUCAAGGCAUGGGACAUUGGGGUGGCCACCAUGAAGAAGGGAGAGAUCUGCUACCUGCUCUGCAAACCUGAGUACGCCUACGGCUCAGCUGGCAGUGCCCCCAAAAUCCCCUCCAAUGCCACCCUCUUCUUUGAGGUCGAGCUGCUUGACUUCAAGGGCGAGGACUUGUUUGAGGAUGGAGGGAUCAUCCGGAGGAUCAAGAGGAAGGGGGAAGGUUACUCCAACCCCAAUGAAGGAGCCACAGUGGAGAUUCACCUGGAGGGAUUCUGUGGUGGCCACAGGUUCGACUGCAAGGAUGUGAAGUUCGUGGUGGGCGAAGGGGAGGACCACGACAUCCCCAUCGGCAUUGACAAGGCCCUGGAGAAGAUGCAGAGGGGAGAGCACUGCAUCCUCUACCUCAGCCCACGGUACGGCUUUGGCGAGGCUGGCAAGCCAAAAUUUGGCAUCCAGGGCAACGCGGAGCUGGUGUACGAGGUGACCCUGAAGAGCUUUGAGAAGGCCAAGGAGUCGUGGGAGAUGGACACCAAGGAGAAGCUGGAGCAGGCGGCCGUGGUCAAGGAGAAGGGCACCAUGUACUUCAAGGAAGGCAAGUACCUGCAGGCAGUGAUUCAGUAUGGGAAGAUUGUGUCCUGGCUGGAGAUGGAGUAUGGCUUGUCUGAGAAGGAGUCCAAAGCCUCGGACUCCUUCCUGCUGGCUGCCUUCCUCAACCUGGCCAUGUGCUACCUGAAGCUGCGCGAGUACGCCAAGGCUGUCGAGUGCUGUGACAAGGCUCUGGGGUUGGACCAGGACAAUGAGAAAGGCUUGUACAGGAGGGGUGAAGCCAGGUUGUUGAUGAACGAGUUCGAGCUGGCCAAAUGUGACUUUCAAAAAGUGCUGGAAGUGAACCCACAGAACAAAGCAGCCAAAUCCCAGAUCUCCGUGUGCCAGAAGAAAACCAAGGAGCACAACGAGAGGGACCGCAGGAUCUACGCCAACAUGUUCACAAAGUUUGCAGAGAGGGAUGCAAAGGAAGCAGCCAGCAAAACUGGAGCGGGAAAAGCAGCGGAGAAGGCGGCGUGCGGAAAAGGACCCAAAACUGCUGGUGCUGAAGGUGAAGAGGCUGAAGGACACGUAUGAUGGAGGAGGAGGGGAUGGCAUAGCCUCCUGCCCACACUGAGAAAGGUUGCUGCCAAACCUUGGGACUUGCCAGUGUCUCCUUGUAAAGCUUGUUACAGUUUGUGUGAUCGUGGAAGCCAAAAGCGCCUCGCCAAGAAAAGCGACCCCGUCCCACCGCCCUGGGUGCUCUGGGGGCAGAGCAGGAGUGGCAGGACACCGUGGGACCACUGCACGUGGAACAAAUACCCUUUGGGCAGCAGGAAAAAGAAAAGAAACGAUGAUGAUGAUGAUAAAUUAAAACGCUUGGCUCCUGGGAGGUUUCCAUAGACAGCUUGCUCCAGCUCCCUGGGCUUUGUGUGUCCACUCUGAGCACAGCAUCCCCUGAGAGGAGCUGGGAUGUGGGACGUGCUCCUUGUACCCUGCAGUGCUGCCUCUGGGUGUCCCAGCACAGCCCCGGGACAGGGAUUGGCUUUGUCCCCUGCUGACUCCUUGCCUGUGGCCAAAGGUUGCAGGGGCAGAGCCAGGAUGAGAACCCAAUGGCCUCUGUGCAGCCUCUUUAGGGGGUGCAGGGACAUCUUUAGCCUUUAAAGCACUGUUUGGGGAGGGGGGAACACACAGAUUUUACCUUCUGAAGGAGCUGGUUCCUGUUUCUUUAGAGAGCAAAAAAGCCUGUCCAGCUUUGCAGGUGCUCAACCCACAGCCUGCACCCCAUGCCUUGGCUCCCAGCUUUCAGUGGGAGUUUUAUUGCUUUUAUUGGGAUCUGGAUGUGGGGAAAAUAAAAGAGCAGGUGGACAUGUGGUUCAGAAAGGCAGAGCUGGUGCCAUGGGUUUGUCACUGAGCAGCUUUCCCAUGGUGAGGGGGUCCUGGGUGCACGGUGUCCCUGCACCAGAGCUGCUGCUGCCUCCUCAGCCAUCAGCCCUGUCCAUCCUCAAGGGACACUGUCUCUACCCCAUGAGAACAGCUUUCCAGUUGUUAUUUUUCCUGUCUCUACAAUAAUACCCCUUUUGGAGCUUGAAAAUAAACAACUGAAAGAAA